AUCAAAAUAAAUUAGAGAAGGAAAAAAAAUAAAGAAGCGAGAAUAAUGGGAACCCAAACCCCUCUAAAGCUUCCUACCAUUGACUUCAAUGACCUAAACAUGGAUGAUAGUAAUAAUAAUUGUAAGUGGGAGGAAGUGAAAUCAAAAGUGUACAAUGCAUUAAUAGAGUAUGGUUGCUUUGAAGCAAUAUUUGAUAAAGUUCCUUUAGAACUUUGCAAAGAAUUGUUUCCUUCACUAGAAGAGCUCUUUGAUCUCCCUAUAGAAACCAAGAAACUCAAUGCCUCUAAGAAGCCCUAUCAUGGAUAUGUUGGCCAAUUUCCAAUGGUGCCACUUUAUGAAAGCAUGGGAAUAGAUGAUGCAAAUGUUCUUGAGAAAGUUGAAGCCAUGACCAACAUCUUGUGGCCUAAUGGAAACCCUAAUUUCAGCAAAACUAUUCAUUGCUUCUCUGAAAAGCUAUCAGAGUUGGAUAAGAUUAUUAGGAAGAUUGUUUUGGAGAGCUUGGGAGUUGAGAAGUAUUUAGAGGAGCACAUGAACUCAACCAAUUACCUUGUUAGGGUUAUGAAAUACAAAGGCCCUCAAACAAGUGAGACAAAGCUAGGCCUAAGCUCUCACACAGACAAGAAUGUUGUUACCAUUUUGUGCCAAAAUCAAGUUGAUGGCUUAGAGAUUUUGACUAAAGAUGGAAAAUGGAUAAGCUUCAAGCCCUCCCAACCUGGCACCUUCAUUGCUAUGAUUGGUGAUGCUCUCCAUUCAUGGUCAAAUGGGAGGCUCCAUUCAGCUUUUCACAGGGUGAUGAUGAGUGGGAAUGAAGCAAGAUACUCUGCAGGGUUGUUCUCCAUCCCAAAAGGUGGGUACCUUAUAAAAGCACCACAAGAGAUGGUUGAUGAUGAUCACCCUCUUCUCUUUAAGCCUUAUGAUCAUGUUGACUUCCUCAAUUAUUAUUACUCUCCACAAGGCCAGACAGAUCAAUUUGCUCUACGCACUUAUUGUGGUGUUUAAUAAAUAUACAAGCUUUAUUUAUAAUUAUUUGUGUUUCUGAAUGCAAUACUUUAAUUUAUUUACCUUUGACUUAAUAAAAUUGUGCCAUUAUUAUGUGUCA